AUGUUGUUUUACUUGUUUUUGGUGGUGCUCGGCAUCGCCUUUUAUAAUUGUUAUUGGAAGAGAAGGGGUCUGCCCCCAGGGCCUAUGCCCGCGCCUUUAAUCGGUAAGAGAGCAUUGUCAUCAUACUGAUAUUACUUGUCAUCGUUUUAAAAUAGAAACUGAAAUACUCUGUUUGCUUGUACUUUUUCAAAGCAUCAGUUUCUUUCUUGCUUCAAGUUCAAUAAUUUUUGGCAGACUAAAACUGUCAAAAUACUAAUUAGGAGACCGUAAAACUGAUAAAACAUAUCGUAUUUUCUGUGAAAAAAAACCAUGAAACGUGUAGUUGACAUUUCUACACGAUAACCAAUUCGUAUACGGUCGCACAGAAGUUGUAGUCAAAUACGACAUUUACAAAGAUCACAAAACCAGUAAAUAAACACUGGUAACUCAUGUGACAAUAAAUUUAGGUAAUGCACAUCAGAUUGCGCAGUACACAUCCAGUGAAGAAGCUCUCAAGUUUUGGAGUAAGAAAUAUGGUGAUGUGUUCACAUACUGGAUCGGUGAACGACCGGUCGUGGCUGUUUGUGAGUAUAACAAGAUCAUGCACUACUUUGUAAAGAACGGCGAACUGUUCCAAGACCGUCCAGAUGAUGAGAGUUACUUAGCCGCCAUGGGCCGUGGAUCCUUUGGUGUAAUCAAUAUUGGAGGCGAGAUCUGGAAGUCUCAACGAAGAUUUGUGCUACACACUCUAAGAGACUUCGGAUUGGGCAAGAACUUGAUGGAAGAGAGAGUAAGUUCUGUUCAUAACCUCAUGUUAUCUAUGAUGCUGAUACUACCACAAAUCUCCUCUUAAUUAUACUGUAACAUCAUUGUAUUUAGAUUGUCGAAGAAUGUGAAGCCAUGUUCCAACAACUCGAAAAGCAGCGUAAAAGUGGUAACCCGAUGAUCAUGUUGACUGAAUACAUCGACGUAGCCAUUGGAUCGGUCAUCAACAACCUUCUGUUCGGCUAUCGUUACAAUGAAAAGAACGUAGCCGAGUUCAAUGACCUAAAGCAACGCGCUCAAACAGCCGUAACCACUGCUGGAUCUCCAGCUGCCUUGAUCUGUCGGCCAAAUCCUGACUUCUACAAACAUUUCCCACUUCUGAGUGGAGUUAUUGAGAGAGGACGGAAGACUUCUAUGCAUCUGACUGACUUCUUCAAAGAAAGAGUCAACGAUCACAUGGAAGACCUGAAGAACGUCGACUUGAGUCAACUAGAUCCAACUGAUAUUGUAGCUGCUUUCUUGAAGGAACGUCACAGGUUAGAAGAGUUGGGUGAAGACCACCUCUUCACCGACCAACAACUUCUGGUGUUGGUAUUUGAUAUGUGGGUUGCUGGACAGGUGAGUAAUACUAACAUGAUAAAAGUCUGAAAUAUUGUUGACUUUUUGUACAAUCAGCUGAAAUCUUUUGAGACAACAAUACAAUAAAUAAGUAAAGACAAUAUAUAGACAAACGUAUUUUAGGAAACUACUAGUAACACUUUGGGCUGGGGUGUAGCUUACUUGAUUCAUCAUCCAGAAGUCCAAAGAAAAGCUCACGCUGAACUUGAAAAAGUAAUCGGAUCCGACAGAACUGUCACAACUGCUGACCGCCCAGACUUACCUUAUAUCCAAGCUCUUUGCAAUGUAAGUAUUGUAGUUUGAAGCUAUCAGAAGGCGUUAUCACAAAGCAUAUUGAUUGAAGCUGCCUGAAAAUCCUUUUUGUUGAUGUCUUGUUUUAAUUUAACAUUCACUAUAAUGUUUUCAGGAAAUCCAAAGAUUGUGUAACAUGGUGCCCAUGAAUGUGAUCCACGCUGCAACCGAAGACGUUGAAGUUGAAGGGUACAAACUCAAAAAGGGACAACCAAUAACCCCAUUGAUCUCAUUAGUCCUCUACAGUGACACGGUAAGUCCAUUAAUGCUUUACAGUCAUUCAAACUAAAAAACCUAAAAUAAGCUUCCAAACAUAAAAAGGUUGGUUUAAGUCGUUAAAGAGUUCACGUAAUCAAAUUAAAUUAAUUGAAACAUCUUCAUGUUAACUUUUACAAAACACGCAUUAGACAACAUCGCCAGCUCUCGAAUGUAGUUUAAGAAACGGACAUUAAACUGACAAACCUGAUGUAAGGUCAACGAGACCUAGUGUAAUAUCAAUGUUGCGGUUUCAGAUUUUCCCCGAGCCAAUGAAGUUCAAACCCGAGCGAUUUUUGGACCGCGAAGGGAAGGUGAAGAAGGUGGAUGAGCUAAUUCCAUUCUCAAUUGGCAAACGGCAAUGCUUGGGGGAGGGCUUGGCCAGGAUUGAGAUCUUCUUGAUGAUCGCCAAUUUACUCAACAAGUACAGAGUAAGUCAACUGUCUAAAUGGAAGAAUAUAAUUACCUAAAAUUUAACAAGAAUACCCAAAUGUUCAAAAAAUAACUACCUGAAGUCUAAAAAACACCUGAAUUUAUAAAAAAGAAAGUUAAACACUAAAAAUAAAAAAAACAAGAAAAGGCAAAGAAACAUUUUGUUUCAGAUUUUGCCUGGAAAACAGAUGCCAAGUUUGAAGAGACAUCACGGAAUCACAGUGCACAUCACGCCCUUCGAGUGCCAAUUGGAAAGUCGAUUUAAAUAA